AUGGCAUUAGAACAACCACUUUUACUCGAUUCAUCAAUUCGGGAUUGGGUUUUAUUCCCAAUCCUAUUGGUGAUGAUCUUGGUUGGUUUGGUAAGACAUUAUAUCACCCUUUUGAUCACUUCUUCGCCUAAACCACAACAACCACCAGUCGUUCGACAACAAAGGAUUAUCACCCGCGCAGCAACUUUGCGAUCACAUUUCGCUUUGAUUCCAAGACAGGCUUUCAAAGCUCGUUUGGAUUGGUUGACCGAUGCUUUGGAUAAGGGAACGUACAUCAAGCCUGAAGAACCAAAGAACCCCGGCGAAGAAGAUAUGCCAAAGAACCCUCUCUCUGAUCCAGCACAGAUGGACCAAAUGAUGGACAUGGCAAAGAAGAGCAUGGUUUCCAUGGUACCCCAAACGGUCAUCAUGGGAUGGAUCAAUUAUUUCUUCACAGGAUUCGUUUUGAUCCGACUACCUUUCCCGCUCACUUUACGAUUCAAGCUCAUGCUUCAACGUGGUAUUGAUACUUCGGAUAUGGAUGUUACAUGGGUAAGCAGUAUCAGUUGGUACUUCUUGUGUUUGUUCGGCUUGAAUGCCAUUUUCAGACUGAUCCUGGGUGAUGGAAACUCCGCUGAUGGAACUCGCGAUAUGGCAGCGAUGUCUAACAUGGGAGCAGGUGCAUCUCCAAUGGGCCAACAACCCGAUUACAAAAAGCUACAUGCACAAGAGAAAGAAUCUCUUGAAUUGGCAGGCAGCGAUACAAAAGCAAAGUGGAUCGGAGAUGGUAUAGAAGGACGUGUGCUUGCCAUGUAUGCCAAGUAG